AUGUCAACUCAAUCUAAGCUGGCUAAGGCUUAUCGUACUCUAGCCCGUGAUUUCGAAGCAGUUGCUGAUUUGCUAGAUGCGACCAAGGCCGACACGAUUGAGUCAAGCAACGAAGUAACCGAGAAGGCUGAUAAAGUCGACAAGAAGAAGAACAAACGCAAGGCGAGGGAUCCCAAUAUGCCCAAGCAGCCCAAAAGUGCAUAUAUUCUUUUCAGCAUGGAUAAACGCGAGGAAGUCAAAAAGGAGAUGGGUGGCAAUGUCCGCGAGGUUAUGAGUGAACUCGCUCGUAGAUGGCAAGCCCUUUCAGAUGACGAGAAACAGCCUUAUGUCGCCCGAGCUGCAGAAGAAAAGGAUAAGCACGAGAAGGAGAUGGAAGAAUAUCGAUCCAAAAAGGCUACGGAUGAAGGCAAGGCGGAACCUGAUCUUACAACCAAGACUAAGCGUGACAAUUCUCCCUCGAACGACUCGGAUUCAUCGUCAUCAGCCGAACCUGCCAAAGCAAAUAAGACCGAGCACAAGCCAAAGCCAAAGAAGCAUGAUUCUGACAUUGUUUCCCAUGAAAAAACUAAGAAGUCUAUCAAGAAGAAGGAUGCUGCUACCAACAAGAAGGACAAAGCUACCGAAAAGCCUAAGCAGGGUAUAAAGAAGAAGGAACCCAGUUCGAGCACACCCAAUAAACAGCCGAAGAAGAAGGCCAAAAAGGACAAGUCUUCCAAGUCAGCUUGA